AUGCCACCGAAAAAGAAGUCGACUACCAGACGAAGACGCGGCAACCGUACGCCGACCAACAGACGAAGGAGUACGCUCGACGAAGAUGCGAACACUGGUACGUUUUGUCAUUACCUUUUGAGAAAGGUUACUUUUUAUAGUUAUUAAAGCCUUUUUUUUUGUUUCAAGCUAAAAAAGCCUUAAAUAUUAGGUUGUUCACAUAAUCCUGAUUCCCCGUACCCCACAAAUUAGCUUUGAGAAGGAGUGCAGAAUUAAGUGAACAACCUAAUAUUACCAAAAAACCACCAAACUUUAAUUUUUUCCCAAAAAAAUAAAAAUAUGUAGGCAGUAAGGAAUUCGUAGUCAAUUAUAAACUUAACUGACCUCGUGGUUUAUCGGCCUUUAUCAAUAUUGGUUCCAUAGGAAACAAAUUAGCCCAUAAAAUCCGAAGAAAAGGCCGAUUUGUGAGUGAGGAACCGAACCCGCCCGCCUCCGCGUGAAAAGAUAACGCACUAACCACUCGGCUAAAAAGACAUUGUUUUAGAUUCGCGAAGAGUGAAGGGGAAAUGAAUAGUUUUCAGUUAGGUAUGGGUGGGAGUGGUGAAUAAUGAGGUUUUUGUAUUUUUAAAGGCUUUUAAUAUAAGUAACUCCUAUUUUUUCUUCUUUAUGACACAUUUUUCUUUCAAAAAACCUGUUUUAAAAAUAUAAAACAAUUUCUUUUCAGUCGUCUCAGUGGAAGAAGCGGAUGAAAGGUCCAAUAGUGCACCAAAAGGCUGCACCGAUACCGAGCUUCUCGCAGCGGUUACGCCAUUCGUGGAGAAGCUGGAAAAGACGACUUUAGAGCAGUUUAAAGAAGAGUAUGCCGCGCUCAAAGCCAUACCAUUAAGUGAAGCUACGUUUACAGCGUUUGAAGCGAAUCGACCAAAGAACCGGUACACCGACCAGUUUUGCAUCGACCAGACCCGCGUCAAACUGACAUUUAACGUCCCACCCGACUCGGACUACAUUCACGCAAAUCAUGUCAAUGUUGAGGGUCAUUCGUACAAUAUGAUUUGUACUCAGGUAGGGAUAAACUUAUAGUAUUUGGUAGGGAUAAAAUGAUAGUAGUAAGGUGUUUUUAAGAGGUUCAGCUGCAUAAAAGAAAGAAGAAUACAAAUUAGCUACGGCGUUUAAUUUUUUUUCAUUUUGUUACCUAAAACCAAGUUUAGGGCCCAGUCCAAAGCAGUGUGGCGGACUUUUGGCGUAUGGUGUACCAAGAAAAGUGUUUUGCAAUUGUGAUGUUGUGCAAGUUCAUCGAAGGCAAACGACCCAAAUGUGAACCAUAUUAUCCGGACGAAGCGGGCAAAAUCGAAACCUACGGGCCGUUGAUGGUCCGGCAUGGUGGGGUAAGUUUAAUUUUUCAAUGCUUCAAUUUUUAAUUUUAAAAUUACGAUUUUAAAAUUUUUUUCAAAUUUUAACACCUUUUUAAAAUUUUUAAAACUUUGAAAUUGUUAACACGACAAAAAACUUUUAGCCAGCUCCCGGCUCAGACAGAUCCUACGAAAAGCUGGUACUGGAUGUUGGAAGAGUAGGAGAACCCUUCGUACCCGAACAUACCGUAAUACUAGUGUCGUACGACAAAUGGCCGGACAAAAGUGUACCAACAAGUUCAAUGGCUCUACACCGUGUUUUGAGGUUUUUGCGGACCCAAGCCAAAGACAAAACAAUUGUGGUACACUGUAGUGCUGGGGUUGGCAGAACGGGCACAUUCGCGGCCUUAUCCGUGGUGGAGUCAAGAAUAAGCGAGAAGAAGGCAUUUGACGUAGGUUUAUAUGGUUUUGUUUACUUGUAAAGGCAUUUAUGAUCAGCAUAUUAUGAUAUAUUUUGUUAAAAAAUUUUAAUUUAACUUUUUAUAGUGUUAUUUUGAGUUUAAUAACUAAAAUUUCAGGUCUUUGAAAUUGUGAAAAACUUGCGACAGAAACGUUUUAAUUCAGUCCAAACCGAAAUCCAAUACCUGUUUAUACACAAGGCCAUUGCCGACUAUCUGAACGCCAAGAAGAUUCGUACUGACAAAUUCAAUGCUAUGUACUUUGCUCACACUAGGGGGCAGCCCAUCACCGAAGGUUAG